CGGACGUAUUAAGCGCGCCCUGGGACAUAUCCUCCUCAGAAAUUAUUCGCUCCGCUGUUUUUAACGCUACGAAUAAUUGUGUUAGCCUCGCGUCGUCCAAAUUUUAAUCAUUCUAAUUAAAUUUUAAAUUAACUAUUUAUUAAUUACGUCCAACUAAGUGUGGUAGAAGUUUUGUGAAGGCUCGAAAUUAUCCACUUCAAAAUUCACUGUCGAAGCGAAUCUGAAAACUUGGUGGGAAUUUUUAUUUUGUCAAAACCAUUUUGAAAAUUUUUAACUUUCGCGUGAGCUGUGAGCUACGGCUUUUCACUUCACUACAUAGACUUUAUCAUCCACGAAUGUAUGCUCAUUUAACUAGGAGUAAGUUUCGCAAGUUCUUUGUUCAAUGUUUCUUUUUUGAAUAAUUUUGAUUCCCGUGUUGCCGGAGAAAGACGUCUUCGUGGUGAUUUUUAUUGUCAAGUCCCGCGUAGUUAUCAGAGUAAGUCUUUGCUGAAGAGUCUUCAACACAAUCCCUCACGCGUAUUCAAUACCUAAGGCGCCUACGAUGGAAAAAUGUUGUGUUUACCAUUUAAGUGAAAUUAAUUGAUUAAAGAUAAAAAUGAAGGUGCUUUUUGUGAAUAUUUUUGUGUUUCUAUGUUUGCGCCGUACUGCCCACUUGAAAUUUUGGGACGAGUGUUCCGCUGUUUAUUUUUUCGAAGAUCGAAGACAAUCCAAAGAAACCUGCCCCUGGUAGAACAAUUUAAUCAUAGAAGUGGGUUAUUGGUGUUGUGUUUGGAGGUAUUGCCGGAUUUGAGGAUACACCCUGAUCAGAAUACGGACUUUCUACUAUUUACAAGACCUUAUUUGGCUCCUAACAAUUUGCACGAUGGAUACUGGGUCGGACUGUCCCCAUCAGAUACCAAUCCCCUUAAGCUGUGACUCUUUGAAAAAAUCCCUGCCUCGACCCUUUUCGAUAGAGUCCCUGAUCGGAAAACCAUACGAGAGCACGAAACCCAUCCCGGUAGAAAGCCCUCUGAACCCGGUGACACGGGAUACGCGACCUCUCGACUGGACAGAGCUCAAAGAUGACCCCAAAAGCGAGCCUCUCCAGGCGGGGUACUUCGAGAUCCUCCGAAACUUCAACCGCGAAUCGAAGUCGGUGAAUUUCGAAACGAGUCCCUCGAGUCGGCUCAAAGAGACAAAAGACAAGGACUUCAUGUGCCGUAAAGACUUCACCAAGUCGACUUUCCCGGACUCAAAUAGGACUUUUUCACAUUUCCUCCACAUGCCAUUUCCGUUGUUCUACAAUACGUGGUUACCACUGAGCCCCAGUUUACCCCUGCAGUACUGCGACCAAAUCAUGGCGCAAUCUGUUCCGCCCCCCACCUACUCCCACCAGGACCAGGAUGAGAAUGUGCUCAGUGCCGAAGAGUCCGAUAGUUCCAGGAUGGAGGAUGGACAAUCUCCUUGCGAUGACGCUCCCGGAUCUCCAACGAGGGGGGCGAGUCUGAGCGAGGAGGAGGGGGGCCAAUCCACGCUUGGCGCAGGCGGAGGAGGCGGUGGCGGGAGCAAGACAAGGCGGCGACGCACCGCCUUCACCAGCGAGCAACUCCUCGAACUCGAGAGGGAAUUCCACGCCAAGAAAUACUUAAGCCUCACCGAGAGAUCUCAGAUCGCUAGCUCCCUCAAACUCAGCGAAGUUCAAGUUAAAAUCUGGUUCCAAAAUCGGCGGGCGAAGUGGAAGCGGGUGAAAGCGGGCCUAGGAUCCACCGGUGGCUCCUCGGGCGGAAAUCCACCCAACAACGGCUGCAAAAUUGUCGUUCCGAUUCCGGUGCACGUCACUAGGUUUGCAGUCAGGAGUCAACACCAACAGCUCGAGAAGUGUGGUCUCGGAUUGGUGCAUCUGUCGAAUUCUAGAUCCCGACCGAUCAAGACGCCGGAACCACUGACGCAGUGAGCUGAUGUGACACAGAUUAUGCUUAGGCGGCACAUAUUACGCUGAUGGACACAUGGCGUACUGAUGUGAUACAUGUCAUACUCAUGUGACACAUGUCAUGCUAAUGAUACGCAUGUCUAAUUCACGUGAUACUACCUAUAUGAAACGCGGGCAUACUGAUGUGACACAUGUCAUAUUCAUGCAAAAUUUCAUUGAACGUUUUAGUUUAUCACAAAAAUCUUAAAAACAUAUCACCUUGAAUCUCUCUGAAAUGUGCCUCAGAUUAUGAAGAAUACAUAUACUAAUAAAACAGGCAGGAAAUUCCGACACUCAGUGUUAAAAGUGCGCGCCGUGAGUAGCCGUGAAUAUGUAUAUCGACGGUGUAAGUCCACAACCACUUAUCUCGGUUUACGACGUCGCAAACUUCCUGUCAUACUUUAUUUUUUAAAAG